AUACACGUGAGGUCUCCAUUUAUUACACUUUAGAUGGAAGUAAACCAGAACUCAUUGGGAAACCUGGAUAUGGAGAGUGUAACACUUUUAAGUAUAAGGGCCCUAUCACAUUACCAGUUGGGAAAAUAAUAGUCAAGGCAAUGGCAGUUACAAAGGACUGCAGGGAGAGUUCAGUUGGAACAAAGGUGUUUCUGGUAGAGUACAAGCAACCAGACAUCCUUUUCUCUGUGGAAGACGAUGACAAGAAUUUCUUAAAAGAAAUGGCCGCACGGAAUAGGGUAGGUGGGAUGCUUCCUGCGAGGCCAAAGAAGAAUGGACUGGAUGUGAAAAUCAAGCCUGCCUGGGGUGAAGUGCCCCAAGGCUUUCAAGGUAUGAUUGUAACUUUAAUCUUGGAAACAGAAAGAAAGACUCCUCACAGAUCUCUGCAAGGACCACUGCUCCUUGGCAGUCAUUUGGGAACAACAGCAUACAGGGAAGAAUCUGUGUCAGCACCACCAGUAGAGUCAUGUAGGUUUGCAAGUUCUUCUGCAACAACUAGUCGGAAAAGCUUAGCAAGCACGCAGGUGUCAAGGAUCCAGAGGGAAACAGAUUUCCUCAAAUGUGCAUACUGUUCUGCACCUCGCCUGUCUGACCCCUUGGCUCACUUCUGUCAGGAGUGUGGAUCUCCUAUCCCACCUGUGCCAGUACAUCGCUUGCCACUCCCUGAAGGAACACAGAUGGCACCGUGUCUUGAAUGCGGACAUCUUGUGCCAAUGAAUACACCCACUUGCAUUGUAUGUGAGUCACCAAUAGCUCCACAGCUGCAGCCCCAAAACAACAUCUGCAUAAAGGGCAAAGUAAUUUGUCAGGUCUGUGGCACAGGAAAUCCUCUUCACCAUAAACUCUGUGCGACUUGUGAGAGCAAACUGCCUGAGGUACAGAUGCCCAUGUGUGGAGAAGACACCUCCUCACCUUACCACAGCCAGCUAAGGAAGACAGUUUUGUGUUCAAAAUGCAAUCGAGUUAACCAGUGUACUGCCCGUUUCUGUGACUGGUGUGGAGCCAAGCCCGGACCUCCUCCAUCCUACUUUACUUGUUUCAAGUGUGGAACAAGCAACCAGCCAUACGCUCACUUCUGCACGUCCUGUGGUGUGUACAUAGAGCCCCCAUCAAGGAGGGGCUCUCAGAAUGGCACUCUCUUGGAUUCUGGGGACUCCUUGGGAUCUCCUGAGGCUACGAGAUUACAAGCUCAAGUUGCCUGGCAACCUUGGCCCGUUUCCUUGCCCAAAUCAAAGGCAGCACUAACAGAAAGAGAAGAUAAAGGAACCCAAACCAUUGGACUUUUUUACCCCUCUAGCAAACUGUUGGAAAAGAAGGAGCUUGAGCUGAUUUUACAAAAAGAAAAGCUGGAAAAGAUGAGUGAUCAUAAGCCUCUCCUGACAGCUAUUAGUCCUGGAAAAGGUUACUGGAGAAAACAGCUGGAUCAUGUCUGUGCUCACCUAAGAAGCUAUGCUCUGAACAACCUUGAAUUCAGAGCACUGAUUGGAGAACCUCGAAUGGGAAAGGAACAGAGUAUUGCUUUUCUUACUGGAGAUGUAGCCUUCAGGAUGUCACCCAACUGCAUUAACAUGAUUAAAAGGGUGACAGCAAGAAGGUGGAAAAUGGAGAUUCAUCCUAGAGUCCUAGAAGAUAGGGCUGAUGACUAUGAAGUCACUAUUACACUGAAUUAUGCUCUUGCCACAGACAAGGAUAUGCAUACUAAUAAACCAGUGAAGUUCAGCAGUCAUUACCUGAAUACUGUAACAGAAGUCAGAGAUGGACAGGAUGACAGUCAGACUAGUUUUGACAAGGAUGAUCAUUAUCUUUUCCAUUCAAGAGGCAAAAUAAAGAGAACAAAGUCAAGAACACUUACAGGAAAAGAAGAUAAGCUCUCUGUAGCUCCCCAUGAGGCAGUUCUGCUUGGAUCAGAGGGAGAGAAGUACAUCCAAGUCCUGUUAUGCUAUUCUGGACAGAGAGCAGUGGACAGACUUAUGAAAACCAGGAAUAUUGGUCUCAUCAGUGUGUUAUUUCAACUACCCUUUUUCCCCAAAAUAAAGCUGGAAGUUCUUUGA